AUGUGCAAUUCUUGGCUCCUCAUAAUUGCGAUUACACUGGAAUGCUUAUGGAACUCGCAGCUGUCCGAAACAUCGAAAUCAUGCCCAGCCGAGUGCAUCUGCUUAUCACAGACCCAAGUGUUGUGUAACACUGGCGGUCUGGCGCAGAUUCCAUUGCGGCAAUUACCCUCGACCGUGGAGAAUCUCGCAUUAACGAAAAACAAUUUCCCAGUCAUAAAACCGGACUCGUUUGCCGGACUGCGCGCGCUGAAGAAGCUCUCGUUGGACGGCAAUAAUAUAACGCGCAUCAAGCAGUUCGCCUUUCGCGGUUUGCCGCGUCUCAAGGAGCUCUCCAUACAGUACACGCCGUUGCAGACGGUCGCCCAAUUCGCAUUUGCCGGCCUGCAGAAUCUCUCGACCAUACUGCUGAGUCACAAUCAAAUUGCGACCAUCGAGGGUAACGCCUUCGCUGGCACAUCGAAUGUCAAAUUGAUUUUACUCUCGAACAAUCCGCUCAUACGCAUCGACAGUUCGGCCUUCUCGAGCCUCACCAAUGUCGGUCAUCUGAUAUUGCCGUCCGGCAUACGCACCAUCGAGCCGGAUGCCUUCCUCGGCAUGGACACGGUGGGUUUGUUGAAGCUCGCGUACAUGGAUUUGAAGGAGCUCUCGCCAUACACCUUCCGCGGCCUGACAAAUGUGCUGCUGCUGACGCUGCAAGAGUCCGAUUUGGGCAUUAUAUGCGCGGAUGCUUUCACCGGUCUAUCGCAGGUGGACAAACUGCAGAUAUUGAAUAACAAAAUCGAUUUGAUUGAAGAGCUCAACUUCACCUACACCGCGGACAUAAAACUGUUGAAAUUCCACGGCAAUCAUGUGCUGGAGACGCCCGACCCCAACUCGAUAAUCAUCGACGGUGUCUCACAGCUGGAACUGGUGAACAAUCACUUUCCCUGCGGCUGUCACAUACACACGCUGCUCGACGGCCCACUGGUCGAGGGCGCACACAAUCUCAGCGAGUUCCUGCUGAAGAACUACUGCAUUUCGCCGCUGGAUGUGAACGGUCGCGCCAUGGCCGAGCUGGACAUCGAUUCGAUUGGUCGCUGUCAGGAUCAGCUGACGAAGGGCAACCUCGGCUCGUCCGCCGCAUCGAUGGCGCUGAGCGUGAAUGUGACCCUGCUCAUCGCGGCGGCGACAAUUGAGCUGCGCAUCUUACGCACCCUCUCGCAGCAGCUGCUGUUGUUGUGGCAGUAUCGUGCGCGUGGCUCGCGCGGUCGGCGGCGCCGUUGGCAUCUUGUCGGCAGAUAA